CUGGAAGACAGCGGCGAUCUUUCUCCCCUCGACACACCUGCGCGCUCAUCUUUCAUUGGCAGCUCUUCUUUCACGUUUCUGUGACGCGACACGACAUCAUGUCGAUCAAGCUGGUUAUUUUGGGUGCGGGCGGCCUGGUGGGCGCUCGGCUGUGCGAGCAGCUGAUCAAGCUCGAGGAAAUGCACGUGAGCCCCACGGAGACGGCCAAGCUGGGCAAGAUUGUGCUUUUCGAUGUCAAGGAUCCCGCCGCGGUGAGCCAGGCCGUGCGCGACGAUCCCCGGACGAGCGUGGUGCUGGGCGAUCUGACCGACAAGGAGACCAUGGUCAAGCUGCUUGAUCCCGAAGGCCAUGCCCAUGUCACCACGAUCCACCUCGCCGCCCUCCUCUCGGGCUACGCCGAGGAGAACUUUGACCUGGGCAUGAAGAUCAACCUCUUUGGCAGCAUCAACGUCAUGGAGGCCGUGCGUGGCUUGACCGCUACCCUCGGUCGCCCUCAAAUCUACGUCUACGUCAGCACUGACUACGUCACCUGCUUCAACGACUACAACAAGUCCCACCCCGUGCAUGAGGAGUCUUUCCGUCUCUCCCCCGUCUCCUACGGCUGCCAAAAGGCCUGCGUUGAGCUCCUCCUCUGCGAUUACACCCGCAAGGGCUUUAUCGAUGGCCGCGUUGGUCGCCUCUCCGCCGUCAUUGGCCGCCCCGGCUGGUCCAACUCCAUCUCCUACCCUUACACGGGCAUUUUCACCCAGACCCUGGAAGGCAAAGACUACGAGGUCCCCCUGCCCAUGGACGUGCCUUAUCCCUGCUCGGCUCUGAACAACAACGUGGCCGGCCUCAUUCACCUGGCUAGCAAGGUGGAUGGGGAAGCCAUGGGCCACAACCGCGUCGUUCAGCUGCCCGCCAAAAGCUUUACCCUGGCCAUGAUCUGGGAAGCCGCACAGGCCGUCGCCCAGGAGGAAGGCAUCAAGAUUGGCACCAUCAAGCAGGUCGAGGCCGCCGGCGGUACCACCACCGUCAAGGAAAUCAACGUCUGCCCCCACGUUGACUGCAGCAAAGCCGAGAAACUCGGCCUCCCCAUGGACGUCGGCCUCAAGGACAUUAUCCGCGACUACGUCCACACCUACAUCAACAAAAAGUAGUCUUGCUUUUUUUUUUUUUUCCUUGGCUCCAACGGGCGGCUUUGAGGCUUAGUUUCAGUGCGCCUCCGCUUGCUGUGUGUUUGUGCCAUCUUUUCUCUUUCCUUUCUUAGCUUGCUUUUUCAUUCCCAGACUCUUGCGACCAAUCAAAUCGACCGCGAUCCUUG